AUACCGGAAGUGACGUUGACGUAGUUCCUCUAUCGCUUGGCUUCGGGUUAACGCCACCUAAACAACCCAAGCCUUAAGAAGAAAACAUCAACGUCCCGACGUCUGCGCUUAAUUUUUCACCAGCAAUUCCUUCAUCGAAACGUCUAACACUUGCAACACAGAAUGCCUCAGAACGAGCACAUUGAGCUGCACCGCAAGCGGCAUGGCUACCGCCUGGACCACCACGAGAAGAAGAGGAAGAAGGAGGGCCGCGAAGCCCACGAGCGCUCGUACAAAGCCAGGAAGAUGAUCGGCCUCAAGGCCAAACUGUACCACAAGCAGAGGCACGCUGAGAAGAUCCAGAUGAAGAAGACCAUCAAAAUGCACGAGCAAAGGAAGACCAAGCAGAAGAACGACGACAAGACACCACAGGGAGCCGUGCCGGCCUACCUGCUGGACCGAGAGGGUCAGUCCAGAGCCAAAGUCCUCUCCAACAUGAUCAAGCAGAAGAGGAAAGAGAAGGCGGGCAAAUGGGAAGUGCCGCUGCCAAAGGUGCGAGCACAAGGAGAGACUGAAGUGCUCAAAGUCAUCCGCACAGGAAAGAGACAGAAGAAAGCGUGGAAGAGAAUGGUGACCAAAGUCUGCUUUGUGGGUGACGGCUUCACCCGGAAACCUCCCAAAUAUGAGCGCUUUAUCCGACCCAUGGGCCUGCGCUUCAAGAAGGCUCAUGUCACACACCCCGAGCUGAAGGCCACCUUCUGCCUGCCCAUCCUGGGAGUGAAAAAGAACCCCUCCUCCCCCCUCUACACCUCGCUGGGAGUCAUCACCAAGGGGACAGUCAUCGAGGUCAACGUCAGCGAGCUGGGCUUGGUCACGCAAGGAGGAAAAGUGGUGUGGGGUAAAUACGCUCAGGUGACGAAUAACCCCGAGAACGACGGCUGCAUUAACGCAGUCCUGCUUGUUUAAGACUCUUUGAAAAAUCUAUUUUUAAUAAAAAACCAAAAGGAAGAAAAUACUGCCCGAUGAAGCGAGACAUGAGAACUUGUGGCAACGAUGGACACAGAGAGGAAGCCUUGUGAUGUGAAUAAAGUUGAUGUUGAAGUAAA